CACACACACGCAAAAAUAAUUAUUACUAUAAAUUCAUUCAUUUCCCUCCCAAGUUGUGUGCUCUGAAAUCUGAAUUCAAUUCAUUUCUUCCAACACAGAAUCAAUCAUUCAAGCUGGCUGUGAAGGAGGAGCAGGACGAGGAAGAAGAGCAGGUCGCCCUGACUCUACUUUCCGAUGACGACGAUCUUCUUCUUCCCGGAGUUCAAAUCCCCGACACAGCUCAUCAAAUUAGCACCGAUUCAUGGUUUCAAGUGGGUUUUGUGCUUACAACGGGAAUCAACAGCGCAUAUGUUCUUGGAUACUCGGGGACCAUCAUGGUUCCUCUUGGUUGGAUAGGUGGUGUGCUGGGUUUGAUUCUUGCAACUGCAAUUUCCCUAUACGCCAAUGCUCUUCUUGCUAAGCUCCAUGAAUUUGGUGGAACAAGGCAUAUUAGAUACAGAGAUUUAGCUGGCUUUAUCUAUGGUAGAAAAGCAUAUUCUCUCACAUGGGCCCUGCAGUAUAUCAACCUUUUCAUGAUAAAUGCUGGCUAUAUCAUCUUGGCUGGUUCUGCCUUAAAGGCUGUGUAUGCUCUAUUUUGGAAUGAUGGUCAGAUGAAGCUUCCAUAUUGUAUUGCCAUAGCUGGAUUAGUGUGUGCAAUGUUUGCCAUUUGUAUUCCACAUCUUUCAGCACUUGGAGUUUGGCUGGGGUUUUCAACACUCUUCAGCUUAGUAUAUAUUGUCAUUGCACUUGUCCUGUCCCUUAAAGAUGGAAUAAAAUCACCACCUCGAGAUUACAGUAUUCCAGGGUCAUCAACAAGUAAAAUAUUUACUACGAUUGGAGCAUCAGCUAAUCUUGUUUUUGCAUAUAAUACAGGCAUGCUUCCUGAAAUCCAGGCAACAAUCAGGCAGCCAGUUGUGAAGAACAUGAUGAAAGCUCUAUACUUUCAAUUCACUGUUGGAGUCCUCCCAUUGUAUCUGGUUACUUUUGCAGGGUACUGGGCUUAUGGAUCUUCAACAGAAACCUAUUUGCUGAAUAAUGUUAAUGGUCCAGUCUGGGUGAAAGCCAUGGCCAAUAUCACUGCCUUUCUUCAAUCAAUUAUAGCGUUGCACAUAUUUGCAAGUCCAAUGUAUGAGUAUUUGGAUACAAAGCGUGGGAUCAAAGGAAGUGCAUUGGCUUUUAAGAACUUGUCAUUUAGAGUGAUGGUAAGAGGUGGCUACUUGGCUAUUAACACGUUUAUGUCAGCACUAUUGCCAUUCCUUGGAGAUUUCAUGAGUAUCACAGGGGCUAUCAGCACAUUUCCCCUUACAUUUAUCCUUGCAAACCAUAUGUACUUAGUGGCAAAUAAGAACAAAUUAACAUCCAUACAAAAGCUAUGGCAUUGGCUCAACAUUUGUUUAUUUGGAUUCAUGUCUAUUGCAGCAACAGUUGCAGCCCUACGGCUUAUUGCUGUUGACUCCAAAACGUACCAUUUUUUUGCUGAUUUAUAAUUAAAUUCAUUAUAUAUUCUUAGGGCAA